AUGGUUCGCAUUCAUCUUUUAUGGCAUCCAAUUAUACCAAUAGAGAGUUCAGGUUCAUCAAAUUUUUUAAAUAUGAACCAAAUUUGGGAUAAAAGUGUUAAGGAACAAUACAAUUAUUGUUACAAAAAUAAUCUAAAACACAUUUGGUGUUAUUUGUGGUCAGAGUGGUACCACCCUGAAAUGUGGAAACUAUGGGCGCAGGCAUCAAAUCUAAAACUUAAUGUUUUACGAAGUACAAUGGUCAUUGAAAGCCAUUGGCGGGUCUUGAAGCAUGAUUUUUUUUCAAGUUAUAAUCGUGCUCGACUUGAUUUAAUUAUUUAUAUUAUCAUUGUAAAGGUUAUACCACGUCAAAUUGAUCGGUUACAGUUAUUUCGUGAUAAUCGGUAUAUGCCAAAGUG